AUGGCUGCUGACUGGCAACCCGAGUGCCUUGUGCCUCAGAACCAGCCGUCCCUCGAGGCUGUAGGAGCUCAUACCGACCGGGCUCUGCAGAAUACCUCUGGGAACGUUCAGUCUUACUCUGAUACCUUCGCCCACGGGGAUCCCACUGCUCGAGAUGACCAUCUUCAGCAGCUGGGCUUCAAGUAUCCUCACCAUGCUACUGCCGCCCACCCCGUUGCGGCCCCCAGCCUUGCUCAACAACAAGCAGUGGUUGCCCGUCUUCAUGCUCGCAAGCUGCGUCGUCUUCACUCCGUUGGGCCUAAUGUAGCUCCUCGACGUGGACGCAGCUAUCUCAAGUCUCAGAAGUAUAUGGAAUAUCGAGCACGUCCUCGACGUGAUACUGGCAAAGAUGGUGAACCUGUUUGGUCUGAUGAGCUGGAAGAUGCAUUCCAGCAGGCUCUUGAAGCAAACCCUCCAAUGGGCCGGAGAAAGUGGUCGGAACGUGGAAAGUCAUACGGCCGCAAUGAAUUGAUUGCCGAGUAUAUCUUCAAGUUGACCGGCAAAAGGAGGACUCGCAAGCAAGUGUCGAGUCAUUUGCAGGUUCUCGAUUCGUUCCUGAAGGGCGAUCCUGAUUGGGAGCGACUUGUUCGAGAGCAGUCGGGAGACAGAUUGAGCGGGCAUUCUCAGACAUCCGUCACUCCCAAGUGGAGAUCUUCCAUGGAGCAUCCAGCAGCACCAAGUCACUACGGCCAUACACACCCCACCUACCAUGAUUCUAUGAGAAUGAUGCAGCCUUAUGGUGGUGACCUCCCCCCGUCUCAUUAUACACUGGGCUCUAGUAUGCAGGAGGCUAGCACCAAGAACAUCCACGGCUUCAGUUUUGAUAUGUGGGUCAGUGCUCCUCAGCAAGCGAACCGUAUCGACAAGGCCCUUCACGCAUAUACCCGUCUUCAGGGAGAUCUUCAUCACCCUAAUGCACCUCCCAUGCCCCUUGAGGAUGUCCCUGGAUGGCGCACCUCAUUCCCGCAUCUGGCCUCAUCUCUUGACGAGAUGAAUGGUCCUUUGGACUGCGAUAUCAUUAUGUUGGAGGUGAAUCUAGAGCUGAUGACUGAUUUCCCCCCUUCCGGCUCCCGUCUUGGUAUUCAACUAGACCUUGACUUCGGACACCCUACCGCUGGGGACGUGUUGAUGGUCAACCAGAUGGACAACUGGACUUGCAGCACCCGGCUAUAUGAAGAAGGGCGAGAGCAUUGGGAAACAUACCACGAUCUUCCCAAGCCCCAAUCAACCAAGAUCAAGCCGCUUUUUGAAUCAUCCUGGUGGGCCAAACUCUUCACUGAGCUGACCCAGGAUAAGCGCAUUGCCGAAGAUUCGGGCCAACCCGAGUCUGUCCAUGCUACGGAUGACCGCACUCGUCGGUUCCUCCGCUCUCUUUCUGCCGUACAGGAGAUUCGUGCCAUUCCCCCUGCCUCACGUCGUCUUUCAACCCAAUUCCAGGGUCACCAGGGCGAAGAAAGCGAGCGCAUGGCCAUUCUAGUCUGGAAAUUCCGUCAAACCCGACCCGGCGAAGUUGGUACAACCACCUGGCGCCGUCUGAUUCCCCCUCCUGAUCGGGUUCAAACCAACAGCCCCCGGCAAAGUUCCGGUGUUGACCUUCCUCCUCUCUCCCUCGACUCCAUCCUUCUCAACAAGCCCUCGCAAAGUGUUUACCAGGCACCUCAACCUCAAGACUUUACCCACCACCAGGCUCAACAGCAAUCUCAGUGGCCUAUAUACCCUCCUUCCCACGAUAAUGUGGCUAAUAUCUUUAAUUCGUCCGGUCAACUGGACUUCAUGACCUCAAUCACCAAGGCGGAAGAUGGCCUUGGUGACAAAACCGCUGUGAGCUCGGUUCUGGAUUCAUUCCCUACCAGUCUCGCCCCCGAGACAUCCCAACCGACCAGCAUGAGCGCUAGCAGCGGUGGACCCAUGAUGCUCGGUAUGCAUGGUAUUCCCAUGACCCAUCAGAGCCUGGGCUAUAACAUGGGCCAUGACGCUAGUCAGUAUGUUCCAUCUCAGCAGCAUGGUGUCAACCUUCACGAUAGCCAUAGCGUGCUUGACGGCUUCUUUGGGCCCAGCACACAGUCCCUCGAUGACCUCAGUCACGGCCAGGCAUCUUGGGGAGCACACUCCACCUCCAUUCCUGGCGACGUCAAUGCCGGCGGAUACCAUCACAUCCCUUUCCAGACCGAGCCCCAGGUCUCUUCCUCACGCGAGACGCAACAGCCACACCAUUUUGACGGCUUGAUGCCGGCGGAUGAUCUGAUGGACAAACUCGUUGGACGUCUGUCUAAUGGUCCUAGCAUGCAUGGGGCGGGCCCUGAGCAUGCGAAUAACGGCUAUUCAGAGAAUCCGGUGGAUGCGGUUUAA